UUAUUUGCGCUUUUUUUUCCCGUACUUACGUUGAUAACCUUGAGAGGCUAUUUCAGCUUCUCCUUGACGUGUAGGUGAGCUCACGGGGCUCUAACCGGGAGUGUUGCUAAUACUGGCCGUAGCAAAAGCAGUGCUUCGCAGAAUCUACCACCGGAUCUGAAACACGACCCACUGAGAAGAUCGGGCGAGACACUGGGCUGUGUCUAUGGGUUAAUUCACUCGUCGAACAUUUCGUCGCAAGCGACGGGCUCGACAAGGACGGUGGCCGGUGCUUGUGAUACCUAAAAGCACCGUUAAUGGAUUGGGAGGAUCUGUAAUGACGUGUUUAGGGCGACGUCGACUGUUUGCCAUUUGGUCCACAGGAUCGGGCAUGUAAUUUCCGGCGCCCACGACAAGAGGGUUUUCAUGUCGUGCCGCCUUCUCGAACUGGCGCAAUGAUGACGACUGUAGAUACUUAAUGACAGAGUCAAGCUCCAGGUCAUCAUGGAGAUCUACGUUCCUUAGGAACCAUGAUGCUCUGACGGCUAUCCUGCAAAAAACGGGAUUGAAUAACUUGUAGGGGUUUCAAAUUGGAGCGGGCCGCGUGAGUCAACACUACGCUUGCAUAGGUCAUGACGGGGCGUAUGCAAGUUUUGUAGAGUGUCACCUUAUUUCGAAGCGAUAAUUUACUUCGCUUACAAAUCAUGGGACAGAGACGUCCUAAUAUGAAGGCGGCACGGUCGCGUAUUGUUCUGAUGUGGGUUAUUUGCGCGUUUUUAGAGCCUUAAGAGAACUUUCAAAUUAUUUAUUUCUCUCUAUUAGAUCCGCUAGAAAUUCAACGCCAAGCACUAAUACCAUGAGUACGUUUGAGUAAAAAAGCAAAAAGGAAAAAGACGAGCUUUUCCAUGGACAUCGGCAACACCACGUUUAGGUACCUCUAUCUCGCUACUUUGAGACUACAAAGCACUUCCAACUAGUUUAAGAAAGACAAAUACGAAUGUGAUAUUACUAAUUCUCAACGAUUGAAACUACUUACUGCCUAACCGAAAAUAAAGAUGCAUAAAACCAGACAGGAAGCAUAGGAGAUUUUAAAAGAGCCUUUGUGGUUAGUUCGUUAAUGUUCGCUUCAGCACAGCGCAGCGAUGUUGUUGGCCGCGUCGAGUUCAAAAUAAAACAAACGUCUGGUCAGCGCGUAACCGGCUCCGUCGGUGGAUAGACGUCUGUACGCUGCAUACGUUUCACCUACAACUAGGUAGCGAGUAGUUUAUGAUGGCGAUUAUGAGUUUGGCGCGAAAAUAUUUGUGAAUUAAAUUGUGCAGUCUAAGUGCGUGUUUUUUGGAUUACUUUUGAGUUUCGAAUGUAAUUAAGUGAUUUGAGAACUUUUGUUAUAUACGUGACUAUAUGUAAACGAAUUCUUGACGAUAAGGCGAGAAAGACGUAUUGUGUAAACUGUGCGAGAGUUAAAAGAUAUUUUGUUUUACCUUUAACUCUAAGGUUUUUGUAAGUGGGUACUAUAAUGACGUGAUGCAGUGAUGGCGGCGACUAUGGCGUCUUCGGCUCACGACCCCUAUGCGAGGGAGGGUGAACUGCGCGUUCAACACUCCAGAGAUGGUUCCAGGGAUUCCGGGAUCUUUCACACGACCAAAGGUCUCUGGAAUGCUCCAGGGCAGAACAACUGUUUCCUCAAUAGUGCAGUGCAGGUGCUGUGGCAUCUGGAUAUAUUCCGGCGCAGUUUCCGCGAGUUGACCGGUCACGCUUGUCUUGGCACGUCCUGUAUUUUUUGCGCCUUGAAGGAACUAUUCUCACAGUUACAAUGGUCCGCGGAACGCGCGCCCGCUGCGGACGCACUCCGCCGAGCUUUGGGAGGUGGUGGGGCAAGAUUUCAAUUAGGCUGCAUGGCGGACGCUAGCGAGUGCUUCGAGCAUCUCCUGUUGAGGGUCCACGCUCACGUGGCGGCCGCGGGGGACAGGAGAGACGACGAUGCCUGCAGAGCCCCACACUGUGUGCCACAUCGCAAGUUUGCGAUGAUGCUCGUUGAGCAAUCUGUAUGUGGUGCAUGCCAGGCUACGUCUGAACCACUGCCCUUCACCCAGAUGGUACACUACGUGUCAGCUACAGCUUUGACAGCUCAGGCAGCUUUAGGGGAACAUGGAGAUAGCUUUGGUCUUUUGUUAAAAAAGGCUGGCGGAAUGGGUGACAUCAGAGAUUGUCCUAACGCAUGUGGUGCUAAAAUACAAAUUUGCCGAACCUUGAUGAAUCGCCCCGAAGUGGUGUCGAUCGGGAUGGUGUGGGAUUCAGAGCGUCCUUCUGCAGAGCAUGUUGCCGCCGUAUAUGCAGCCAUCGGCACAGAGCUGCGGCCCACUGACGCAUUCCAUGCCUGCGUCGAUCGGGCUUGGGCCGCCCGAGCCACUCAUCAUCUCGUUGGAAUUGUGACUUAUUACGGGAAACACUACUCAACGUUCUUUUUUCAUAGCAAAUUGCGCCUAUGGAUAUACUUCGACGACGCUGACGUGAAAGAAAUUGGCCCGGAGUGGUCUUACGUGGUCGACAAAUGUAGACGAGGAAGAUUUCAACCUCUGCUUUUACUUUACGCAGCGGUAGAUGGAACGCCGUGCGACACCAGGAAUGCACCGAAAGACGUCGUGCCGUUCCCCGCGCCAGAACCCAGACGCGCUAUUACACCUGCGCCGGAACGCCCGGCUAAUGGGUACGCGAGACGAGCUGUCACUCCGGGACCAGACAAUGAUAGCGAUUACAUGAAUAGAAAGGUCAUGGAGAGCGCAAACAUUCUAGACGCACAAGCCGCCAGGCGAGCUCCUUUAGUGCGAAGUCUCAGCACGGGCUCCACAUCGGACUCUAAUGAACGACCUCGGGCUAGAAGAGAUUCUGGCAACUGGAGUGGCGAUCGUAACAGUGCAUCGUCAGCCUCGUCCUCUACAGCAGAAAGCCCGUACAUGUACACUAGGGGUCGCGGCCCUGGGAGUGUUCCAAGUAGUCCCACUCGCAAAGGGGAACUCUCAAGUGGUGGUUCAUGCGAUGCCGGCUAUGAUUCGUAUUCGCUUUCAUCGACAGACAGCUUACCGCUUCAGCAGGGACUGCGCCAUAACUUGCAACGUGCACAACAAAUGCCGGAGAUAAAAACACGAGGUGAUUGUGAAGCGCUGUGUUCAGAAGCUGAUGCGCUUUUAGAGAAAGCGCGUAAAGCCGAAGAGGCGGCGGAUUUUGAAACAGCUUUGGUACUCUGUGACGCCGCUAUAGCAAAAUCCCGCGAGGCCAUGGAUGCUCCUUACAACAAUCCUCACAUGAUGGCAUUCGCACGAAUGAAACAGAACACUUGCGUGAUGCGGUCUCGUAAUCUUCAAAGGAGAAUGGGAGGCAUGUCCCGAAUAUCAGAAGCGCAGCAAACGGCUCCCGUGAGGAAUACAAAAAGUGGAUUGGAAAACUCACCGGUCACCAUUGAAAUAUACGCAACGCUGCCCAAAAAGAAAAACUCGAAGAAAUCUCCAAAAAACAUAGACGAUGACAUUGACAAUGUGACCCGUGAGCGGCCGCCUCGUCACAAGUCGCGUGACGAGGAGAAAGGUAGAGAAAAACGCUCGAGAAGCGAAGACAGAAGCCGGGCCAGAAAGGAAAUAACUGUCACGGCAGAAAAAAAGGAAGAAGUAACCGAAGACAAAAAGACUAAUAAAAAGCAACACAAGAUACGAAGAAAGUUAUUAAUGGGAGGAUUGAUACGAAGGAAAAACCGAUCGAUGCCCGAUUUAACAGAGGGUGCUGACGGCAACAAAGAAAAUUCUAAUAAAGAAAAACGUGUCUCCUCCGUUGACGACACUGACGUAGGACGAAAGACGAACGAUGAUAAAUCUCCUUUAAGUGGUUAUCUCUCCGAGGGGCACUUGGAGUAUUCUGCUGCAAGUGGGACGAACCCUAACUUGGAACGAAGUAAGCUUAUGCGCAAGAGUUUUCAUGGUAGCGCCGGUAAAAUAUUGACCGCUGCUAAAGUUCCUCCACCACCACCGGUGCGCACCACAUCCCAGCUUAGCGGGACUAAGUACGGAUAUGUGGAUCACAAUAAUGACAACUACUGCCCCGAAAUAGAGGAAGACGGUGGCUUCUCUGAACAAUACGGAGAUGAACCACAAUCUAUGCCUUUCCUACAUUCCUACGACGAUUCACACGUUAAUCAUUAUGAUAUAAUGGAGAGUCCGCAGUCACAAAACUUUCAUACUGUUGUCACAAAAGCCAUGAUCCACCAAGAACAAAGCCCUGUGAAGAGAGACCUCAUGCCACCAAUACAGCCCUCGCAUAACAACAUCCAAAACAUGAACUUGGCAUUUGACAAUGGUAUGGACGUGGUUGAUUGCGCUUUGCCUAUGAGUAGAUCACCGCCAACAUUUGAGCUGCCCCCUUAUCCCAGUCCCAUGAAUUCUGUCAGUCAUUCACGUCAGCCUAGUGAAGAGUUUCCGCCACCUCCACCGCCGAUAGAUUUAACACCUCUGCAAGAGGAACUGCAGAAAAUACAAAAUAUAAAUGAAGUUUCAAAUACAAAUGAAACGCAAGCACCGCAGGGCACACUGUUAGCGCAGUUGCAAGAGAAGCGUAACCAAAUUCUUAAAAACGAAAAUCUGACUAAACCGCAUCAAGUCGAAACAGUUAAUCACACUGGCGAUAGUUUAGUGAGAGAACUGCAGGCUGCGUUGAAACUUAAAAGAUCUGGGUCUCUAGAAGGCCAGCUGUCCAGUCCUUCUGAGAAAACUAUCGAGAACAACAUCAACGUUAGAAACAUUGCGUCCAGAUUUGAAAACAACACACAGAACGCACAUCCGGAUAACGAAAGACCGCAUAUUUCAUUAGCAGGGAUGAGCGGAACCCGAGACGUCAUAAACUGUUCCGAUCAAUGUAAUAUCGGUAUUUACAGCAGAAGAGCAUCGUCCUCGUCCAUUGAUGCGAAACAAAUGGACCAAGAGAUAGCGGAUCAGAGACCCGUCCACAAUACAUAUUCCGAUCGAAGCAAACCUAAAAAGAAAUCGGUCUCUUUCUGUGAUCAAGUGAUUUUAGUUUCGACCGCUGAAGAUCAAGAAGACGAUAGCUAUAUCCCUAAUCCGAUCUUAGAAAGGGUUUUGAAAUCUGCAAUGAACAAGCCAGAGCUGACAACGAUGCCGUUACAAUCGGAAAAGCCCGCAUUGCAGCGGCAAGAUUCAUUCGACAGUCAGUCGUCGCGGUCUACCAUAUCCUCGCUCUCGCAGAACUCGUUCGUCGGUGCCGAUGGAAACCACGCUGAAUACGUCCGUCUCCAGAACACUUACCCGACAUACCAGACGGCGCAGUCGCGACUCCAACCUCAGUAUAACGUGCAGAAAAGUGUUGGAGUGUACGGUACAAGCCCUACAGCACCGCCCAAUCAAACGCCAAACGCAUUAAACGGCAAUCAAAUAUACCAAUCAUUGCCGACGAGUGUACCUCAAAACGUUCAGAGCCCGAUACCGUACACGCAGCCGCCGCCAGUUUAUUCAAACCAGAGUAACGCGAGCCCACCGAACUUUAGUCAAAACCCUGUGAAUAGACUGACGCCGACCGCGCAAAACGCCACCUACCCGAUAAAACACGCCGCAAACUUGCAACGGAACGUUCCUAACCAAUACCCACCAAACCAACGCGCUCAAAUUAAUCAAUUGCCUACGAACGCGUAUUACCACAGAUUACCCCAAAAUUCGACGUCUUCCAAUAUACCUAACAAUAGUCACAAUAUCAAUCGUCAGUAUGGCAACACUGUUCCACAAAGCAACACAUUACCGUACCAGAGCGUACCGAGCAAUACGUCCGCAUACCAAAACUACCACAACCCACCGACGAGCUACAUGACUGCUGAAUAUUCUAGUCGAUUUCCGCAAACGAACGCGAACCAUUAUAACCAAUCGCCUUAUCAAAGGGUUCCGCCGCCGCAUGGCGAUGUCCCUGUUGACGGUUACAAUAACAAUACAUACCAGAAACUGAAUACCAAUUAUUAUGUUGAUAAUGCGAGUCAACCGCGUGCUGUAGACACGAGGCCGUACCCUCCGGCGCAACGUCCGAUGUAUAAUCAAAACGUUGAAACAUCUAACAACGAACAACAUGGUCAAUUUCAAUAUACACAAAAUAAUUAUAAUAAUAAUUCGUAUCAACACGUGCCAGCCUUGAAGCAAUUGCAGAAAAAAUCUGUAUCGUUUGAGCCCGGCACAAAAGGCGGCACCGAUUCACCGGUGCCUCUUCAGUUCAAUCCAUACCCCUGUGUGGACAACAGUGGAGAUAAGACUCCUUGUAAUUUGUGCCGUAAAAGAAUUGUCACAUCUCCCGCCAUGUACUGCACGGAUUGUGAUUACUACAUGUCUAGGUUUAAACCUCGUUCGUAGAUCAUUAAUUUUCGUAUUAAAAGCUCUGAAUAUUCUAUGGACUGUAAUACAUUAUGAUUGUGUAUGAAAUUAUGUAUUUGAAUACAACGCAUAAGAAACGACUGAUCUCACCCGGGAAUAAAUUUAUAACUUAGUCUAUAAAGCAGUUAUGUAGCGUUUAAUUAAGUAUUUUUAUAUUAUUAAAUUAAAUCAACGUUGGUUGAAAUCGUUUUGUAAAAGAAGUAUUAUUACUUAAAUAAAAUAGUAAAAACACAUUAUCUA